AUGUACCAAAGCCUGACCAUUCCAUUUCUUGUGUUCCAAGCCAAACUACAGAAGGAAAUUGGGAAAAGAUUGGAAAAAAAAAUGGCCUGCCCAACUGAAAUCCAAGUAGCAUUUAUUCUCUCCUCCUUUGUGACUUUUUUCUGUGGACUCUUCAUCCUAUACUGUUACAGGCUCAUCUCUACGAGCUUAAAAAAAUGUCGAAUCAUGAAGGGAAGAAGAUUUCUAUUGAAACUACUCGUAAAGGAAAGCAUCAAAAAUAAACAUUCAAAAAUAAUCUACUUCCAGGGAGUCUUUCGUGAUCAUAUACAAAUGUUGCUUUCUGCACAGACUUUUGUGGGGCAAGUGCUGGUUCUCCUUGUCUUUGUGCUAAGCAUUGGAUCUCUUGUAAUCUAUUUCAUCAACUCUACUGACCCUGUUGGAAGCUGUUCUUCAUAUGAAGACAAAACCAUUCCUGUUGAUUUGAUUUUCAAUGCUUUCUUUAGUUUCUAUUUUGGAUUGAGAUUUGUGGCAGCUGAUGACAAGAUCAAGUUCUGGUUAGAGAUGAAUUCAAUUGUAGACAUCUUUACCAUACCACCAACUUUUAUUUCUUAUUAUUUGAAGAGUAAUUGGCUGGGUCUCAGGUUUCUAAGAGCACUAAGGCUACUAGAACUCCCCCAAAUCUUGCAAAUUCUACAAGCCAUCAAGACCAGUAACUCAGUGAAGUUUUCCAAGCUCUUAUCAAUAAUUCUCAGUGUGUGGUUCACUGCUGCAGGAUUCCUUCACCUGGUGGAAAAUUCUGGUGAUCCUUGGCUCAAAGGUAAAAAUUCACAGAAUUUAUCUUACUUUGACUCAAUUUACCUGGUUGUGGCAACAACAUCAACUGUUGGCUUUGGAGAUGUGGUAGCCAAGACAUCCCUGGGACGAAGUUUCAUCAUCUUCUUCACCACUGCAAGUUUGGUAAAUACUUUUAAUUUUGUUAUGGAUCUUCUCAAAUUAAAAGAUAACCUUUGUUCCUCAGACGAUCCACCUCACAUACUCUUGCUGCCUAGGUUCAUCGUGGUCUGUGGAAACAUCACUGUUGACAGUGUGAGUGCUUUUCUGAGCAAUUUUCUCCGCUACAAGUCAGGAGAAAUCAGCACUGAGAUCGUUUUUCUAGGAGAGAACCCUCCUUCAUUGGAAUUGGAAACCAUAUUUAAGUGCAACAUGGCCUAUACAAGUUUCGUUUUUGGAUCUGCACUGAAGUGGGAGGAUUUAAAGCGAGUUGCGGUGGAAUAUGCAGAAGCAUGCCUGAUAAUAGCCAACCCUUUGUGCAGUGAUUCCCAUGUUGAAGAUACUUCAAACAUCAUGAGGGUGCUCUCUAUCAAGAAUUACUACCCUAAAACCAGAGUCAUCAUUCAGAUACUUCAAUCACAUAACAAGGUUUAUCUGCCAAAGAUUCCCGACUGGAACUGGAAAACUGGGGACAACAUCAUCUGCUUUGCUGAAUUGAAGCUUGGAUUUAUUGCCCAAGGCUGCCUGGUGCCAGGCUUGUGCACCUUUCUAACCUCUCUAUUUAUUGAGCUCAACCAAAAGGUGACUCCUAAACAACUCUGGCAAAAACAUUUCUUAAAUGGUUUAAAGCACAAAAUCGUGACUCAACGUCUCUCUGAUGACUUUGCAGGGAUGACUUUUCCUGAAGUUUCACUGAUCUGCUAUAGGAAGAUGAACCUCAUGUUGAUUGCAAUUGAACAUAAAUCCACUGUGUACAGUGGUCUGAUACUAAAUCCAUCUGCACAAGUUAGGCUGUGUAAGAACACAAUGGGGUUCUUUAUUGCUGAAUCUGCAAGGGAAGUCAAAAGAGCCUUAUUUUACUGUUCCACCUGUCACAGUGAUGUGAAUAAUCCUGAGAUAAUUGGAAAAUGUGGCUGCAAAACCAAGAGCCUUCGAUGUAACAUCACAGGGGCAUCGGUAGUGGCAGUGAAAAACAAGACAGAAACAUCCACUUGUACAAGAAAGGAAUAUUUUAUAAUGGGGCAGUCAAGCUUGAUCACUGCUGCCAGGCUGGGUGGCAGGGGAGGCCAGGAAAAGAAGUGGGAGCCAGCAGCAGGCUGGAACAAUGUAGAGGAGGCCAUGACUUUUCUAUAUGAAAAUGACAGAAACACUGAGCAACUUGAUAGCAGUGGCCUGUUUCACUGGUGCAAGGCAACCUCUUUGGACAAAGUGAUUCUGAAACGAUCUGAUAAGAGAAAAUAUGAAUUUCGAAACCACGUUGUAGCAUGUGUCUUUGGAGAUGCUCACUCAACUCUGAUGGGACUUCGGAAUUUUGUAAUGCCCUUGAGAGCCAGCAACUAUACCCUGAAGGAGCUGAAGGACAUUGUGUUUAUUGGGUCCCUGGAUUACCUACAGAGAGAAUGGCGAUUUCUCCAGAACUUUCCCCAGAUAUAUAUUUUGCCUGGAUCUGCACUCUUUUCUGGAGACCUCCAAGCAGCCAACAUAGAGGAAUGUUCCAUGUGUGCUGUCUUGUCCCCACCAUACAAACCAUCAAGCAGUCAGACUCUGGUGGACACAGAGACCAUCCUGACCACCCUCAACAUUGGAUCCCUGCAGAUUAGCUGCUCUGCUCAGACACCCUUAGUGACACAGGGGUUUGCACAGAACUUAGCUGAAGCCUACUCAAGAUACCGAAGAAUUCCUAUCUUAACUGAACUUAAAAAUCCUUCCAAUGUUCACUUAAUUGAACGGCUUGGUGGAAUGAAAGGAAGCCUUCCAGGAACAAAUCUUCAUCUCAGUACUUCUUUUUCCACAGGCGCUGUCUUUUCAGGCAGCUUCUUGGAUUCCCUCCUGGCCACAGCCUUCAACAACUAUCGUGUCCUGGAAUUACUUCAGAUGCUGGUGACAGGCGGGAUAAGUGCUCAGCUGGAACAAAGUUUGGAUAAGGAUAAGCAGCAUGGGUCAACUGACAGCUUUCCUACAUACUUUUCUGCAAGAGCACGAUGUAAGCUGGGGCUUCUCUCCUUGAACAACACCAUUCUAUCAGACAUUCAACCAAGAGAUUACUUUGGACAAGUGUUCUGUGGCUCAUUAAAUAAUUUUGGAAUCAUGUGCCUUGGCUUAUACCGCAUGAUAGAUGAAGAGGAGCACAACCCAGAACACAAAAGGGGAGUAUGCUAAUUUGGAAAGUUUGUGAUUACGCGGCCAGCCAAAGAUUUUAAACUGCUGCCCUCGGAUCUUGUGUUUUGUGCCAUCCCUUUCAGCACUUCUUAUUACAAAAAAGACAAAGGUUCAUCUCAACAGCCAUAUGAAAUUGCAAAUCUAGUGCUACUGACCCAAGAGAACAUUCCAGACUCAAGUCAUCCUCACACAGUUAACCCAGUAAACAAAGUUGGAUCACAAUAUUGGCAUUCAUCAGUCCCACCUGAGAAAGUAACAACCAGUGGCUUUUCUGUACCUAAGCAAACAACAUUAACUCAGAGUGAUAUGCUACCAUCCAAGAUACCUACAGGUGAAAAUAGGAAAGAAAAUGAAAAGGAAAACAUAUGGGAAAUAAUUCAGGAUGAUACUUCUGUAUCUUCAGUGCCAAACUAG